CGUACAGCUCCAACUGUCCUGAGUACGUGAUCCUCGUGCUAGCAGUUUACUCGCUAGGGGGCGUCAUGACCCACGCGUUGGCUGGAUGUCCUUCAGACGAGUUAAGAUACAAAUUAGGAAUUGCAAAGUCCUGUGGCACCGUGAAGUUCUGUGCUAUAGCCAACGAUAUGCUCACAACGGCCAAGGAAGUGAUCGAAUAUUGCACAAUGGGAGUGGUCCCGAUUUUAAUUGGGAGCGCUGUGAAUAAGGAUUUUAUACCUUUUACUGAUUUGCUGGAAGACAGCGGAGACGCAUUUCCUAAAGACAACCGUGUUGAAUCCGGUGACCUAGCCGUGGUGGUAUAUUCCAGCGGAACAACUGGCCCGCCGAAAGGCAUACCUUUGGCUCACAAACAACUCGUUUCCCACAUGACUGUGCCUAGAAUUACUAUGAGAGAAGGAGACAUUUAUCUACUAUCGACUCCUCUGUCACAUGCUGGCGCCACCUACAUGACAAUGAGUGCGUUGUCCCUCGGUGCGACGCUUUUGGCAUUACCUCAUCUUAGUGAUCCUGAGCACUACAGUAUAGCCAUUGAUAAGUAUAAGGCCACCUAUAUAUUCUGCAUUCCUCCACUGAUCGUCAGUCUAGUAAAGAAAGGUUACGAGCUACCAACACUACAACGCUGUGACACAGCUGGCAGUACCUGCAGUCCCACAGUUAUCAGAGAAGCUAGAAUUACGCAUCCGCACCUAGUUAUUAAUACUGGUCUCUAUGGAAUGAGUGAAAUCGGAUUUCUUAUAAACACCGCGUCAGAAACCGAACAAGCUAGUAACAAACGAGGAGUUCUUAUGGGAAAACCUGUCGCAAAAUCACAAGCUAAGGUUGUGGAUCCAAUUACUAAGAGACUGCUGCCCUCUGGUGUAGCGGGGGAACUGUGCGUUCGUAGUGCGUAUAUAAUGCGCGGCUACAUCAACAACCCUGAGGCGACGGCACGCACCAUUGACAGCGAUGGUUGGAUGCACACGGGAGACCUCGUGCAGUACGAUGACGAUGGCUUCCUUUACUUCAUCGAUAGACUAAAGGAUAUCAUCCGAAUCGCCCCUGAUAAAACAACUUCCAUUCAAGUAUAAAGUCAGAAAUUGGUAGCAUAUUAGCAGCAGCAGCAGCAACAGCAGCGGCAGUAGCAGUAGCAGCAGCAGUAGCC